AGAGCCGAGGGACAGCCGAGAGAGCCGAGGGACAGCCGAGGGAGCCGAGGGACAGCCCGGGCACGGCGGCACCUCCGAUCGCGGCUGACCCUGCUCCGAGCGCCGGCCCGGUCUGCGGCCCCGGGGGCAGCGCUGGGAUGUCCCCACCCGAGGUUCUGUGAGGUGACGCUCCUGUGGCAGCCCUUGGGAGAGGGAAGGUCAGGACAGGGGGCUGCAGGCUCUCAGGGUCCCCAGAGCCGGGCUGUGCCUGACGUGCAUCCUCGCAGCUCCCUGCAAGCAGAGCUGCUCAGGAACAGGGCUGGGCAUGGAAAUCUGGGGCUAAAAGACAAACCCAGCCGGUCCUGGGGCUCUGCGAGGAGGGGGAAAGUGCUGCUGGAGAGAGCCACAGCGACAUCCCCUGCGCAGGCAGGGAGGGACAGGCCAGGCGCGGCCGGGCGGGGCUGGGUUACCGCGGGACACCCGGGGCACGAUGCCUUUUUCCACUCCUGCUUAGUCAGACUGAUGAGUUUUUCUGUGGGGAAACAGCUCAAGAGGGGAAAACCCGGCAGCAGCGAGGCCCGGUGAAGGGACAGGGGCUGCUGGUGGCUCUCCUCCAGGUGACCCUGAGGUGGCAAGAAAGCCCUGAGGGGUCUGUGCAGGAGUUCUGCGGCUUCAAACCCGAGAGCUGUGUGCUGAUUUGUCACAACACAGAGAGUGCUCUGCUGCACCCCUCUCGCAGUCCUUGGAGGGGAAACUGAGGCACAGCAGUGCAUGAGGCCACUCUCUCGAUGCUAGAACUGCUCAGAGGAGGGUCAGCUUCUCCCCCCAAAAAUCCCAGGCCUCCAUCUUCCUUUUCCUCCACCACCUGGAAGGCUGCUGAGUCUCCUUGCAGGGAAACCCCACUCUGGGGGCUGCCAGCGGGCUCAGGGCCAGAGGGAUCAGCCCCAAGGGAGGGCAGGGAGCUGGGGACAGCAGCAGGUGCUGGCAGCUUCAUGCCAGGGGCAGUGCUGCCAGGGGCAGGCAGGCUCCCAUCGCCCUCUGAGCUCUCCUGCUUGUUCCAUGGGUGCCAAGGGGCUGGCUUGGGCAGCCCUGCUCCUUAGGACAGGGAGAAAUAUUUUCUGUUGUUAGAAGGAUGGCCAGAAGGAAGUGGCUUUUCCCUUUGCAAAGUGUGUGGGAAAUGUAAUUCACUCCCAGCAGGGUUCAGCUGCAAUUUGAGGUGUUUGUCCCCGGCCUGUCCAGGAGGAUGCUGUGCCAUCAUCCCUGAGGCUCAGGGGAGGGGCAGGUUCUGCACAGAACUGCUUGUGGGAAGGUGUUGAGGCUCUGCACAAGCCACCGUGGGGGCCUUGGGGAUGGGAACUGUGAUGGGGACAUCACAGCAGAGUCACACAGCGGGGAUGUGGACGGGGCAGGGUGGAGGGUGCUGAAUGUUUGCAUCUUUUCUACUGCAUCACUUCUGGUGCCAGGGAGUGGCACAGGUGCCAGCACCCCCCUCCUUGCCCUGGCACAGCCACGUCCUCCUUCCAUCCAGCCUCGUGGUGUCACUAUCCAGCAGUGCCCUGGAAACCCCCAAACCCACCCUGGAAAAGGUCCUGUUGGGGGGCACAGGGCCACACCUCAGCCAGGCUGUGCUGCAGGGGUGAGCCCUGCAGAGCCCUGGCACUGGGGUCUCAGGGCUGGACAGGGCGGACAGAGCCUGGCAGGGGCUGUGGGACCCUGGGCUGCAGGGCCCUGGGUGCCCAUGGGGGCAGGCAGAGCCUGGCAGGGGGGUGCAGAGCUGGUGUGCCCUGCCCGGUGCUCAGGACAUGUGCAGGGCGCUUGUGCCCUCUGCCCAGUGCCAGGUGCUCGGGGUUUGCUGGUGCCCACAGACCUGUGGAGUGCAGUGCCCCCCUCCCAGUUGCUGCCUGCUGCCCAGAACCAGUGUGGUGCCAGUGCUGGUGCCAGUGUCCAGAGCUCAGUGCCCGGUGCAUGGCACACAGUGCCUGCUCUGGUGCCUGUGGAUGGCACUGGUGGCUGUACUGGUGUCAGUGCCAGUUCCUGGUGGUGGUGACAGUGCAUAGUGGCACUGCCUGCUGUGUGGUGCUGGUGCCAGUGCCCAUGCUGGUGCUGGUACCCACUCCUGGUGCCCAGUUCCUGGUGCUGGUUUGGUGCCUCGGUGCUGAUGGCCUUGCCUGGUGCCCAAUGCCCCUGUCCAGUGCCAAGUGUCCCUGUCCAGUUGUGGUCCCAGUGGCCCCUGAGCAGUGUCCAUGUCCACUGCCAAGCCCCCAGUUCCAGUGCCCAUUGUGCAGUGCCCAGUUCCUCGCUGGGCUGGGGGGUUGGUGCUGGGGCUGGGCAGUGGGCGGGUGCUGGCUCUGGGGCGUUCCUGCCCCGCUGUCCCGGGGCCGGUCCGUCUGUCUGUCUGUGGGGCCGGUCCGUCUGUCUGUCGGUGGCUCGGGGCGGCGCCGCUCGGGGCGGUCCGUGCAGGAGGAAGCGCGGCCGGGGCAGAGCGGCCCCGCGGCGGCCGGAGCCGCGCUCGGGGUGGGCAGUGCCAGGCAGGCCUCGUGUCUGACAAGGGGCAGGGAGAUGGAUCGGGGAGUCACCGUGGAGAACCCCUACGCCAGCGUCAACAUCCCGCGGGAGCAGUUCCAGCAGAGCUUCAUCACUCGCUACCUGAGAGACGAGCCCACCAUCAUCGCCAACCCCGCGGCCGUGCCCUCCUACGGCACCGAGGGGCACACAGAGCUUGCCAACGGCUGGAACAGCCCCACCAUCUCCACAGACAAGUCCUGGUCCCGUCCCUACAACCCCUACGCCAGCCUGAGGGUGCCCAAUGGGGACUCAUCUGCCUCCUUCUACACUGUGACCCUGGACAAGCCACCCAAGGGCCAGGAGCAGGGGGCUGGCAGGAGAUGUGGCUGCUGCAGGUGGUGCUCCUGCUGCCCCAAGUGCUGCUGUGUCAUCUCCUAAGGGCUCUCCCUGCACACACGGGACGUGUGACCAUGGGAUGGGGCCAGGUGACCCCACAGGGACAUGGCUGCUGGCCUGGGCACCCCUGGCAGAGCUGGCACUGGCAGGACUGACAUUGCUUUUUACCUGUGAACUCUGCAGCCAGAUGUGCUGAUGUUGGGCUCAGGAGCCCUGAGGACAAUGUGUGCCAGGACAGGGGCCACCAAGAAGUGACAUCACUGGAGAUGGGGCAGCACUGAGCCUGGGAUCCUGCACAGAGCCCCUGCCAGUGCCCCUGUGCUGGGAACCUCCACCCUGGGAAGGGCUGGGCAGUGCCCACCUGCUCAUGGCUGGCUUUGGAUGCUGCAGCCCUGUGUGCAUGGAAGAGGAGGACAUCAUCGUCACUGUCUUGGAGCAGGGGGGAGGAGCCAGGGACAAGCCUCCAGCUGGCACAGGGACCCACCUGCCCAGAAGUGAGUCCUCCCCCCUCCCACAGCAUCACAGGGAUGCUGUUGGCCCCUGCAUCAUUCUCCAUCUGGACGCUGACCCUCCUCACGCAUGGGGCAGAGUGAUGGAAACAGGAAAGUCAGACAGCCAAAGCAUGGCAGAGCGCUGGGCCAGGCUCCAGGGCAGCACCUGAUGGCACAGCAUGGAUGUGGGCAUUAACAUCCCAGUGCCAGGAAACUCCCAGCCCCGUUCUCUUCCUCCUGCCAGCCUUGUGGGGUGCUGGGCACAACCUCUUGUGCCAUCUGCAUCCCAGAGACAGGUCCAGCACAGAGGGCUGGCCCAGCUCCAGCAGUGGGGCAGCACUUGGGCGCCUUGCUGGGGAUGCAGAGACCCAGCAUUGGCCUUUUGCAGCUCCCCGGGCUUGGAGGAAGGUGGGAGGAGCCGCCUGGCUCUUCCCGGUGUGCUGGGGCUCCUCCAGGCUGGGCUUUUGGCUGGGGCUGCUGCCAUCGGCUGGAACAAGCCCGCUGUUGUGCUGAUGUCCCGCCGUGGUGCUGACGUGCCUCCCCGGUGCUGGCAGCCCUCCCUGUGCUGGUGUCCCAGGACAGCUGCUCUGCUCCCUGGCUGCUGCAGGACUGCCUGCUCUGCAGGACCGGGGCUUCAGAGGAGCGCCUGUGUUUGCAGAUGACUUCAGGGUGCUGCAAAUAAAAUUACAGCCCUCUCCUGC